AUGAAGAGGUGUAUUAAAGUGACAGUCUUUUUCCAAGUCCUGCUGUCGAUGGUAUGUGAAGUUGCACUGGGUUCAUUGCCUACCUGUUCCGAAGACCACAAAUGCCCUAACUCGCAAACAUGUUGCGGUAACGUUUGCGUCGGAGCUUCCAAAAUUGAGUGUCAAGAACAGGCGGAUUGCGAUAACUUGGCAGACAACCUCGGAUGCAUCAGUGGAUUCUGUGAGUGUCUUCGGUCGUUACCUUGUUUCAACAGAUCAAUGUCUCAUAACGAUUUUGAGUCAAGUUGGCGUUGUGUAACAGAUUUUGAAUGUUCGAAACCUGCGAAAUGUCGCAACGGAAGCUGCGUAACAAAUAAUAAACCCUCAAAAUUGAACCCGGCACUAUUGGCAAUUGUAACAAUCAUCGGCGUGCUCAUAUUCUCUUGCCUUUUCUGCUGUUGUUUGAGCAGAAUGAAAAGUGAAAGGCAUUCUAUGAAAACACGAGUUGCCAAAGGCAAAUUAAAGAGAGUUCACCACCUUGGCGAAGACGCCGAUAGCGCGGCAAAAAGCGCUUUGGUAGGUGCUGAAAGUGAGGCUUUCUCGGUCAAAGAAGGGAAAGAUUCAAAAGAACUUGAUGCAGAAGACGAAGCUUUAAUUUCUAUUAUAACCGGCGGACCUACUUUGGCUCCAAUUCGCGAGGAAGACGAAGAAGACGACGAAGCAGAGAAGGCUUAG